UCAACAUCGUGAGCUUACCGCGUUCCAAGACGUGAACUCUAUGUCGGCCUUUUUACCUAUACUACCGCCAACAAUGCGUCCCCCAUGGCUGCUAAAGGCCCAGGUCCUCUCACGAAUAGUGAAAACAAGCUCCCUGUGGCUAUAUUAGUUUCUACUCGAAUCUCCUCCUGUUUGUCCUUCCCAAUAUCGACCCUCAUCCGUCUCAACCAACAGCACGUCAGUCAUCCGAACAAUCUUGUUCUUUUUCACCCAUCUACUCCUACGAUGAAGGUCAUUCGAGCUCCCCUGCCAGAAAUAUCGAUUCAAGAUGUCCCAUUCACAGAGGACGAUUCUACAGACAUGGCCGUUGAUCCAAUUCUCGAGGACCUUGGGCGUGCUGCCGAAGGAUACACUACCUAUGAGAACAUAUAUACGCCCGAUCCUAUCCAAUCGUCGUACCGCCCUUUCCACGACCUUGCUCAGGGUGCUCAUGCUUGUCUCAAGUAUCGCACUCUCGCAGAGAUUGGAGAAGCCAAGUGCCAUCAAGCCUUUGCGAAGCUGUCCCUACCGAUGCGAAAGUUCUUGAACCACUGGGAUUACUUUGUGGUGAUGGAUAUCCAACUCGAUCACGACUGCCAUGCUUCGAAAGCUGAACUGUACCUCUUCGACCGCAAAGGCCAUGCUCCCAUCGACGAGUGGAUGUUCUGGGACAUGUCGGAUGCGUGGGAUCGAUGCGACACGUACGAGAACGACUUCGACUUUUGGGGCGACGAACUGUUGGCGUUUCGCGACAUGGCCGAGUCUGCUGUUGGACACAUGUCAUAUGAGCCACCUGCGUACUUCCCUCUCUUUCUCCAACUUCCCCCAGAACUCCGCGUCAACGUUAUGCAUGAGUAUCUUCUCCUCGAAUCCGAGAAAGAAUCGUUAGGUGGGCUUCAACAUUACGAUGUUUACUGGAAUCGAUGCUGCGUGUGGGACUACCCAGAAGUCCUCAUUGCUUGCGACAACCAAGAACCAGCUGCCUUUCCGCCUCCCGAAACAGGGCGUGCGCCGCAAGGGUGGCUUCCAGCUCUCGCAUUCGCGAACAAGCAGAUGCUGGGAGAGGUCGUCGUGCACAUGCUCGAGAGGACGGAGCGAUAUGAUUUGAAGUAUGAGUAUCGUGAACCUCGCUCCAAGAUCGCGACGUGGUUCCGCCGAUUCCUGGAGUCAAUUCCGAACGGUCAGAAUGCUAUAAAGUACCUGAACUUUCCGCAUAUGUCUUGGUUUAACCAUAUGUGCACCCCACCAGCACCGACGAAUCCGAGUGUGGAGCUCAUGGUGGCAUGCCGAAGGCUACGGAAAGUCGACAUGACAUUUCAUGCCUCAAAGCUCACGCUACCAGAUCCAGGGAAUGCCGGACACUUCCUUCCUCGUCCGGUUCAAGACGUAAUCACGUAUUUCUGUCUCGAGUCUAUCUUCCAGUGCGAAAACCUUGAACAGGUACACUUCGACGGCAUUCACUAUCAGCUGCGUCAUGGUGGUCGCCCCGGUGACUUGGCGACACUCACGGAGCUUGCGAGGUGGAUGAAGAUGGGAUUUCUGAUCGAGCGAAAUGGCGUCAAGGACGUUGAAAUUGACGUCCACGAACGUUUUGGCCAGUGGGAAGGCCGGACCCCAGGCACUGUUCUUGUACUGAGCGAUGAGGAUCUGGCGGAGGUGGAAAGGAGUAUCGAAGCGAAGAGGGUUGGGAUGUGCGAAUAAGCUGGCGUCCCAGGUAUGCGCUCGAUUGAUGAACAUGUGUAAGAGGACAGCCGAGGUUCUUUCCAGUUAGAUAUCGUUGUCCCAUAUGAACUUCAAGCAACUAGUAAACCUGGUUCCUUUGCAAAGCUUCCCAUCUGUGUUUGCAGUGAUGUUAAUAACAUGACAGCGUGAAAAAGGGUGUGAAAUGACACUUCCACGGCAAGUAAGAUUUCAUGACAAUGUUGGGUUCCUUGCCACUGUACCUGCUUGCAUGGCGCAUUAUCGAUGAGCCCUUUGUUGAUCUGCAGCUGGCUUCGAAACUCA